CGGACCGGACCGGAGCCGCUGACUAGGUCAUAUCGCAGGUCUCAGUGUUUCAUUUUUGGACUCUUUCUGAGAGUGCCGCCUUACUUUCGACGACAGGGUGUUUAUUAAUCUGGUGUGUUCUGCUCCGUGAAGUUCGAGGAAUAAUUAAAUUGAUCUGUAAUUGAAAAUGGCAGUGAGAAUAUUUGUGGAAAAAGAAAAUGAACUCUUGUGUACCCGUACAAAAAAACACCUACUUUCCUCUUCUACAGCUGAAACAUCUCUACUGCAGACUCCCAAAGCUGGAAAAUUUUUAAUGACACCUCGCUUACAACAGUCUGCAAGAAAAGCACUGGGGGAUGUGAACUGUAUUUUGCGUACAGGCGCCAAGACUGAUCAUCCUCAGAAAAAGGGAAGAGAAAAAGUCCAUAAAACAAACAGUAAUGUGCAAACUUUAAAAACAAAGCCCACAGAAAAAAUGUCAAUAUCAGACCCAUCAAAAUGCCAUUCUGAGAAACUAGACGACUGUCCUGAAAUUGAGACUUUAAUUCCAUUUGAUCCUUUUGACUUUGAAGACUUUAAUAUACCAGAAGAACAUCGGAUUAGUCACAACUGCCUGGCAGGCUUGUCACUCUUCUUCCUUGAGAAGGAAGGAGCUUUAAUGGAGAAAGUGCUAAAUAAAGUCCAUUCCCCUAUGAAAUGGCCUUCUCUUCCAAAAUUAUCAGGUUUGGAUUUUGAGAAUAUUGAUGACUUGGCAGACCUGAAUGAAUUUGAUAUUGAAUUGCCAUCAAUGGAAUAUGACUUCUGAAGACUAAUAUCUGAAUCUUCUUGUUUAUUUUAAUUUUUAGUGUUUGUUGUGUACAUAUUGGAUCUGUGUGUACUUUGCAGAUUGAUCCUGAACACUUUCAUUGUUCCUUGUGUAAUGUAUUCUACAACUCUUAAUAAAGCUUAUUGUAGAGUAA